GUCAGGCACGGCACGGGACCAUCUCCUCCUACGCUUGCGCUCUCCAUCGUGGGUAGCAGCCACACGCAUCACAGGCUACAACAACAACAACAGCUUGCACACGGAAACCAGACAGCUUUUGUAAAGACCCGCCCGUCUCUACACAAAGCCUUCUAGGCUGGCGUUGAUUCCAACUACAGUGUCGACCAAGAGGACGAAGGACCGGACGAUUGGCUCCAGGAACACCUGCUUACUGGCGUCGAGCAAGCCGCGCCUUCAGUCUUCCCAUCUGUAGCGCUGCCUGCAAAAUUUAUCCCGCGAUAACGUUGCACCACGAUACCUCUCCGAAGACGGAGGACCAGCAGCAUGCACAAGGGCUCAACAUCCAGCAAAGAGUCGGCCAGGCGAGCAAAGCGCGCCUCACAGCAUCUAUCCAAAGUCACCUUAAAGGGAUCGAAACAAACGGGGACGAGGAGCAGCCCCGUUCAUCACCAUCGACAUUCUGCUGCGAGACGGAGAACACUCUCUGGAAGGGAGAUGCAAAUACGGAGAUUAACUAAACUCGAGCUCAGCAAAACGAGAUCCGCUUCUUCAAUCGAGACGAGUAAGCGGAAACAACUGGCCUCCAUCGACACAAGCAAAUUGACUGGACCAAUCGACAGUGGAAGCUCAAGGAUUGCGCCAGCCCUCAUGCCCGUUCCGAGUCAAGAAGACGCAAAAAGGAGGCUAUUACUGGUUGUCCCAGUCACCACGAUUUUAGUUGGGGUGUUCACUUCCAUCAUCGUUUACAUUUUUUUCAUUUGGGCCGGUACGACAGUGGGCAUCUGCGUCUCCGACUCGUGUAAGGAACACGCCAAGCGGCUAUUGAACACAAUAAACACCAGCGUCGAUCCCUGCAAGAACUUUUAUGCGUUUGUCUGCGGUGGUUGGAAGCGGGAGUUUCCCAAACUUUCUGUCCUUGAGAAAAUGAACCAGGAUGCCAAGAAAAAUGAGAUCAUGGAGCUGGACGCCGACCUAUGGAAUGAAGGGAAAGCAGCCCAGCUUUACCACAAGUGUGCCGAGCCUCAGAAGCCGCACUCAAUCUCCGGGAUUGAUACGCUCGUCCAUUUUAUGGAUGAAGUUGGGCUCGUGUGGCCCUUUAAAGAUUUCGACGAUGACCCAUUUCACCCGUUAGAAGUAAUGCUCAGCAUGGCGGCAAGCUAUGAUGUCAACUUUCAGUUCCGCCUACAGGUCAUGAUAAGUAAAGUGAUUGGCAAUAUUUUGAUAUUCCGCAGGCGAUACAAUGGCGUGGUUUGGAAACAUCGCCUUGAGCACCACAUGAACAGAGAUGAGUACGCAGCGGUCAUCCAUGAUCAUAUGACUGUCCUGGGCCUACCUAACUUGCAGUACGAUGCGGUACUCUUGCACAAGCUCGAGAUGUUCUUCAUCGAAGCCACCCAUUAUGAGAAGAGCAAAGUCGAGCAGUGGUGGUUAACCAUCGAGGAUCUCGAUACCAAGACGCCGAGCAUAAGGGAAGUACAAUGGCACAAUCGCCUCAACAAGCAAUACACCAUCACGCUCAGACGCCGUUGGAAUCCUAAAGACUGGGUGGUAGUUGAAGACUCCCUCCUCCUGACAAAGCUCGACGAGCUCUUCCACACGUACAAUGAAUCGGAGAUUUUCAUGGGCAUUGCCUGGAUGUUCAUCCAGUCUCACCUUUGGGCGGUGGCGGGGAAACCAGAGCUCAUGUUCCGUGACAACGUCAACGAGAACAGGCAGCUUGCCUGCCUGGAGUACGUGAACUCUGUUUUUGGGCUUCUGUCCUCCGCCGAAUACUUAACGCAGCUCUUCCCAACGAACGAGACCCGCCGCGGAGUCUUCCGCUUCACGCAAAGCCUCAAAAACGAAUUCGUAUCGAAAGUGAAUAGAGCCGCUUGGAUCGACCGCGAAAUCGCUGGAAAUGCGGUGCGCAAGAUUAAGAGCACCGAUUUGAACAUCUUGCCAUCCGAGCAGUUUUUUGUUUCGUAUCAGCGCGCCGCUCUUUACGGGAUAUUUCCCGAUAUUAGUGAUUUUUCAUUCUUGGUUAGCUGGAUUAUUAGUGCGGAGAAGUACGGGAGGCUACAAAACGAUGCCCGCUUUUACGAUAUAUACCAAAAGAGACGCACUUUUCACCAACAACCAUAUACGUAUGCGUACCUUCCCAAUUCAGUUGACGCUGUCAUGGUGGCGCUUGAAGCGCCACUUUUCUAUAUAAAUGGAACUUUCGCGAUGAACUACGCUGGCUCGGGGUUUCUGCUGGCCAGAGAGAUCGCCAAAACCAUUGACCCGCUAGGUACAACGGUGACCCUCUAUGGUGAAAACACUGCCUGGUGGGGCAAGACACAUUCGGCCGAGUACUACCGCCGCACGCAGUGUGAAUUAGGCCAAGAGGCCGGACUGCCACAGAUGGGCGUCUUCCCUGCGAUACCGGCGCUGGAGGUCUCCUUCUCGGCGUUCAAAACAGCCGUCCAGCAGCACUCAAACCGUGCUGAUGCCGUUAAUGACUUGCGACUUGAAGGCCUUGGAGAAUACGGUGACGACCAGGUGUUCUUUAUGACCUACUGCUACGCACUCUGCUCUAAAGAAGGCGACACUAACAGCCAACAAGAGUGCAACGUCCCACUCCGGCACUUUUAUCCUUUUGCAGAGGCCUUCAAAUGUCCCGAGGGGUCGCCCAUGAACUUGAAAACAAAAUGCGGAUUUUUUAAUUGAAGUGUUUGGCACGGAGUGCUUUUGCGUUUAUAAUUGAAAGAGCGCAAGAACCGGACGGAGCCAGGGAAUAGCUGACACGAAUCACUAUGUCGUACGCUUCAGAGCAAUGUAGUCUCAGCUUCCCAUCCUGUUCCUGUGCUGUUCUAAUUAGUGUUUUUUCUUGUAAAAAAGCUCCUCUAAAGACAACAUUGACAUUUGUCAAAGUGUAGUGUCAAUAAAAAAAGGCCACGUAUUUAUUUUUAUUUUCUUCUGACA